CCCAACCAAAUAAAACUCGAGUUUGUUGACUCUCCUUCCUUCUCUUUUUAAUCAAUCAAAUAAACGAUUUUGCAGGAAAACCCUAAUUAAGAAUCUUGAGAUUGUGAAAUUAGGGCUAGAGUUGCAGAAAUCAAGCAGUCGAAGAUGACGCAAAAGGCGAACAUGUUCAAAGGUCAAUCGAAGAAGAAAGCCGUUCCUCCUAGUCGACAUGGCAAAGCUUCUCACAUUCGCAAAGGGAAGAGAGCAAUUAAGCCGUCGAAGCUCACCAAGGAAAUGGAUGAUAGUCGGGAUGUAAGCAAGUUCAUUAAUUACUGCAACGAAGUAAAAGCAGCCACAGUGGCUUGCAAAGAUGGCGGUCACCUUAGCAUUGUUAAAACAUCACAAGAACAAUCAGGCAGUAAGAAGGAAUAGGCGAACUAGCUUUGGCGAUGAUUCAUGAAACAAAAUCAUAAGGAUUGAAGAUCAUAGUCAUCAUACAACAUUGUAAAUGAAGUUUUGAGAGCUAGAUCAUAUCAUCAUACAACUCGGGCAAAAUAGCGUGUGUUAUUAUUUCCUUCUCGAUUCGACUCGCCUGCUACUUUCUCUAAUUCUCACUGCCAUCAUAUCUGGUGGUAAAAAGAACUCCUGAUUUUUGCCUUUUUGAUCAUCUAAAUUUUGUCGUUUGUUUUUGUUGUAAUGUACCUCUUAUUUUCUAAUCAUAAUUUAUACAAUUCCUUCAAAUUUUAGCA